GAAAUCGAUCCAUCCCUGCGAUUAUACUCUACAUCCCUGCUAUCGCAACUUUUUGUCAUUUGACUUCUCAGCUGCUCCUUAUCUCAUCUACACACAAAAAGACCGCGUUUGUCGUGUAACCAUAUUAUAUUUCCUUUUUUUUCUUUUCUUCUUUCCGUCUUCGAUGUAUGUAACGACAAGUUGGCAUUGUCUAUUGUUCAUGGAAUGGUUUUUGGAACUAUCUAUUUUAACCUUGCUUUGUCCUCGCUCGUCUUAUGGUUAUGCGCUUUGCGCUUUUCUCCACUCCCGACAUUUGCGCCCAUACAUAGUAUGUCGAAAGUUUGAUGGAAGCUGGCGCCUACAGAAACUCAUAUAUACCAUACACACACCCGGCGCUAUAUCUGUACCUUUGGAGCGGUUCUUUUUCUACUCAACACGCUAAUCAGUCACCCCACCUCUUCCACGUCCUGACGACGCAAGCUACCUAAUGUAUGUGAGAGGAUGACUAGCAAUUUUGUCUGC